UGUAUUGAUAAAUAGGAAAGUGAAAUACCGCAUCAUGUAGUUGAAUGCCUUGAUGCCAACAGUGUUUGUUAACUAAUUGUGUAUAUGUACUAAGCAUGGGUAGAGUACGCCCCUCUGACUGCUGAAGUUUACCGGCGCACGGCGUCUUACCUGGAGUAAAGGCUGUAUUGAACCAAGCACAAGACCAUCACCAGCACCACUCCAAGAUGAGCCCGACCCGCGCCACCCUCGUGCUGCUCGCCGUGGUGCCGCUGGCGCUGGGCAUCCACUACAAGGACUGCGGCUCGAAGGGCGCCACGGUCAGCUCUGUGCAGAUCAAGCCGUGCGGCAACGGACCCAAGUGCAUCCUGAUCCGCGGCAAGAGCGCCACGCUCGACAUCACGUUCACGGCCGGCGAGGAGAGCAAGUCGGCCACGGCCUCGGUCCACGGCAAGGUGUCGGGCGUUCCCUUCUUCGUGCCGUUCGAUCUGCCCAACGACAACGCCUGCACGGCCGGCGGUAUGACCUGUCCCGUGGUGAAAAACUCGACGCAGCACUACUCACAGUCCAUCGCCAUCAAGAAGAUCUUCCCGCCCGUGUCGGCGCUCGUCAAGUGGGAGAUCCUGGACGAGAACAAGAACGACAUGAUUUGCCUGUUGAUUCCUGUCCAGCUGCGCUGAAUAGUGCGUCGCGAGCUUUGCGCGCCCCGUGGAUGCUGUCUGAGCAGCGUUCCUGGCACAGUUUUGUCGAAAGAUGGCGGGUGAAAUAGGUGUGUACGUUUCGGAUUGCCAUGUUACCAUGCUCAAGAUACAAAUUGCACGUGUUCAAUAGCAAGCGGUCAUGCAUUAGGGUGAGCCCGCAUCCAGACCGCGCCGUGAAAUACUAGGUGGUCUGACUCCACUUGCCUGGCGUGCGUCGGCUCACUGGCCGGCUGCUGAGAGGGUACUGUGCUCUUCUCCGACUGUGCAUUGGUUUUAACUCAUGUUCAGCGUGAUGUGGGUGCGUUUACACUGUAUUCUGCACGGAAGUAUUACUUACCCGAAUCAUGUAUUGGCGCCAAUUAUUGUUGGGUUCCUGAUUGAAGGAAGGCAAUGUUUCAGCCUUGCCCGAUCCUAGCGAGUAUUUAUGACGGGUGUCUUUGAUCUGUCUGGUGAAACUAGCACGCGUUAGUAUUUUUGCAUGCCUCCGGUCAGCGAGUGUCCAUUGGACGGUGACAGACUGACGAGCGCGUGUAUUCUAGCCGUGGCUGUGCACGUUACAUGUUUAUAGUCACCUUUCCCGCAUUGUACAUCAUGGUGAACACAACCGAUUGCUACCCAUGCGUAUAUCUAUUUUCUCACCUGAACCCCGGGUUGUACGCCUACCAAAUAUAUUCACCAUUACGUGA